CUCCAACUCAUGGCAAGCGUCCUCGCCUCGGACGCCUACAACAAGGUCGCGCGCCUCGCGAACGGGCGGCAAGUGAGCUACGCCGACGUCGGCGACGGUUUUCCGGUCGUCUGCCUCGUGGGCAUGCAUGGCCACCGGCACUACGCCUACCUCUUCCACGCGCUCGCUGCCAAGCACGGAGUGCGCUUCCUCUGCAUCGACCGCCCAGGGUAUGGCCUCUCGGACCCUUCCGACGACGCAACGCCCGUCCCCAUCGCGUUUGCUCACAUCCUCCACGAGCUCUUGGACAUGCUCCGUAUCCCGACGUUUGGCCUCAUGGGGCAGUCGGCGGGGGCCCUCUUCGCGCUUGGUAUCGCGGCGAACGAUGCGCUGAAGGACCGCAUUGCCGGCGCCGUCGUCCUUCUCGCGCCGUGGGUCGGCGUCGAGAAGAGCCCGUUCCUGCUCAAGCUCGCGUCGUGCUGUCCCAACGCUCUGCUGUCCGCGGGCGUCGGCUGCUUGAGUGCGUCCAUGGACGUAAGCAUGUCGUACCUUGGGGCCAACACGUCUGUGCCCGUGCUGUGUGCCCACGAGACUGAUGAUAUUGACGAGAGUGACGAAACGUCGCCCGUGAUGCCACGUCACGUGUGCCUCGGCGAUCUCCGCGCGACGAUUUCAACAGAGCCCCAGAACGCGAUUGGCGAUGUGCUCCUGUGCCUCGGACGAGACCCGCGGGGCGUCGGCUACGACGCUACGACGAUCACAGCCCAUGUACAUGUUGUCCAUGGCGAGAAGGACGCUAUGGUGCCGGUCGCAGCGGUGCUGGACUUUGUAGCGGCGAUGGCCAACGCGACGCUCGAGCUCGUGCCAGACGCUACGCACUCGAACCUUGGCUUGAACGAACCGGCGAUGGAUAGAGUCUUUGCCCAGUAUUCUCGGGCCCCGUAACUCUGAUAACCAUGCAGCUCUUU